AUGGACUCUGAUUCAUGGAUCUCUUCCCGUCUCUCCAACUCUUCACGCCGCUACUAUUCUCGAUCCGAUCUGUUUCUCGGUGGAAACGACGACGCUGAACCCGGCGGCGAUGACUUAAGAGCGGAAUAUCUAUGCCCUUUCUGCGCUGAAGAUUACGACGUCGUUUCUCUCUGUUGCCACAUUGACGAGGAACAUCCGCUCCAAGCCAACACUGGGGUUUGUCCUGCUUGUGGGCAGAAGGUGGGAAUGGAUCUUGUUGGACAUAUUACCACGCAACAUUCGAAGUUUUUCAAGGUGCCGCGGAAAAGGAGGGUGUUGAGGAAAGGGGUUUCCAACUCAACAUUAUUUAGAAAAGAGUUAAGGGACGGAGCAUUGCAUUCUCUUCUGGGAGGUUCUUCAUCCAAUUCCGAAUCGGAUACUCUGUUGUCAUCGUUUAUUUUUAACCCAGUAUUAGGUGAUGAAGCUGUGAGCGAACAGUCUAGUUCUUCCAUUGAAGCUUCCCCUGUAAAAGAUAGCUCAAAAGAUAAUGUUGUGGAAAGAAAACCAGAACAAGUACAGAUGUCAGAUGAGGACCGAUUAGAGAAGACUCGAAGGUUUAAUUUUGUGCAAGGGCUUCUAAUGUCCACCAUUCUUGAUGAUACAUUAUAA